AUGCUCUACUUACCACUCGUGCUAGCUCUAUUGGCUCCAUUGACAACAACAGCUCUACCAAAGUCGAACCAAGUGACAUUCUGGGUCGUUGGAGGUGCACCAUCAGCUUUUGACAAGGAUGCUCCUCAUUCUCGAGAUCAAGAUGAAAAGACUAUUGCUCAAACAAUUGCUGACGAUGAACAAUUCAGUCAAUUGCAUGACUUGCUCAAAUCUACUAAAGGGUUGAAGGACGAUCUCUCAAACCCUGAUCGCAAAUAUACUCUCUUUGCACCAACCAACGAAGCCUUCCAAAGCUUCAACCUCUCAAAGGAUUUCAAGAAGAAGGAAUUCAUUUCCUACCACAUUACUGGUGACUCUGUCUUGAAGAUCCAAGAUUUGAGAGAUGGUCAAAUCUUUGCUACUCAACUCAAGGAAAAGAACCUGAAGAAUGAACGUCAAAUCCUUCGUAUUACCAAGCGGGACAAUGAAAUCUAUGUCAAUAUGAUGGCUCACAUCAUAUCUGAAACCGCAGCUUCCAAUGGAAACAUUUUGGUCAUUGACAGAGUAUUGAUGCCACCUAAAGACAUCAUGGAGGCUGUCAUCUCUCUUCCCCAAGUCUUCUCUACUCUAGCAACUGCUAUCUUCCGCACAGAACUACAGAAGGAAUUAGAAGAGUCAAAAGCUAUCACUGUCUUUGCUCCAGAUAAUCGAGCUUGGGAAGAAGGCCUUGAAUUUGAAGACGUUUACUACCUCUUUUCAAAGGAAGGCAAGAGUGACUUGAAAAAACUCUUGAAAUACCAUGUCGUCCCUUCAUUGGAGUACUCCCCAAAGUUCAGAUCUGAAGGCAAAGUCGACCUCAAGACUUUGAAUGGAAAACACUCUAUCUCGAUCCAAGCUACUCAAGCCUGGCUGGCAUCUUUGAUGGUGAUAAUGGACAAUUCUCUGUCUCCACUAGCUCGUAUUAACAUGGUAUUUAUAGGUGAUGACGGCAGUAUUGAUAAUCCAGAAAACUGGGACUACGAUGUCAAUGAAGGAAUGGCUAAGAUCAAGUUCGCCGAUGGACCAGCUGAAAAUGGCGUCGUGCACGUCAUAAACAAGGUUCUCAUUCCCACAAACGUACAACUCCCUUCCAAGAAGGUGCCUUCAGGAUAA